AUGGGAUGCGGGGCAAGCACGCCAGCUGUUAGGCCUGAGGUCGCGGGCGCCAGGAAGGAGGCGCGUGCCCCCGCGAAUGUCGCCUCCCAACCGGAACCCUCCCCUGCCUCGAUUGCCGGCAGCCUGCUGGGCAAGGGCUACCAGAACCUGGAGGCAGACUACGAGCUGGGCAAGGUGCUGGGCCGGGGCCAGUUCGGGACCACGCGCCUGGCGCGCCACCGCGCCACCGGCCAGUCCCUGGCCUGCAAGUCCAUCGCCAAGCGCAAGCUUACCAGCGCGGAGGACGUGGCCGAUGUGCAACGGGAGGUGCAGAUCAUGCACCACCUGAAGGGACACCCCAACAUCACCUUCCUCGCCGCUGUUGAGGCUGACGCCGCCGCCCUCCUGCGCACCAUCAUCGUCGUGGUGGCCUACUGCCACUCCCUGAACGUCAUGCAUCGGGACCUGAAGCCCGAGAACUUUCUGCUGGCUUCCCCGGCAGAGGACGCGGCCAUCAAGUGCACCGACUUUGGCCUCUCCGUUUUCUUCAAGGCCGGGGAGCGCUUCACCGACGUGGUGGGGUCGGCCUACUACAUCGCGCCAGAGGUGCUGCACCACAACUACGGCCCCGAGGCCGACAUCUGGUCCUGCGGCGUCAUCCUGUACAUCCUCCUCUCCGGCAUGCCGCCCUUCUACGGCGACACCGAGAAGGAGAUCUUCCGGUGCGUGCUCAAGGGCACCAUCGACUUUGACACGGAGCCCUGGCCCGGCAUCUCGCCCGAGGCCAAGGACUGCGUGGCCAGGAUGCUCGACCCCAACCCAAAGACCCGGGCGCGUGCCAACGAGCUGCUGCGGCACCCCUGGCUGCGGGAAAACGGCGUGGCCUCCGACAAGCGGCUGGAUGAUGUCAUCAUCACCCGGCUGGGGACGUUUGCGACGCACAACAAGCUGAAGCGGGAGGCCAUGCGCGUGAUCGCGACGGGCAUGCCGGCCGAGGAGAUCGCAGGGCUCAAAGCCCUCUUCGAGGCCAUCGACCGCGACAGGAGCGGGACCAUCACCGCCGAGGAGCUGCGAGAGGCGCUGAAGAUGAAGGGCGCCGUCCUGCGCGCCGCCGACCUGGAGACGCUGAUGUCGCUGAUAGACGUGGACGCCAGCGGGACCAUCGAGUACGAGGAGUUCUUGGCGGCCACCAUGAGCCGGCACCAGCUGGAAAAGGAAGAAAACAUGCUGCGCGCCUUCCACCACUUUGACGCCGACGGGUCGGGGACCAUCUCGCGGGAGGAGCUCAUCGCCGCGCUCAGCAAGGGAGGGCUCCUGAGCGCCACGGAGAAGGAGGUGGACGCCAUCCUGAAGGAGGUGGACGUUGACGGGAGCGGGACAAUUGACUACGCGGAGUUCUGCGGCAUGAUGACGCGGAACCAGGAGAGCGCCCUGAAGGUGGCAGACGCCUCGCGGAGCACGCGGGGGAACAUCAGUGCAUACAAGGCGUCCAAGACAGCAGUCUGA